GCAAUGGCUGAGCCGGUGAAGGUGUCGGUGACGGGAGCCGCCGGGCGGGUCGCCUACUCCCUGCUGUACAGCAUUGCCAACGGAGAGGUGUACGGGAGAGAGCAGCCCAUCAUCCUGGCGCUGUUGGACAGCCCCUCGAUGGCGGAAGCAUUGGCCGGGGUGGCGAUGGAACUGCAAGACUGCGCCUUCGAACUCCUUCGAGGGGUGACGGUGACGCACAGGGAGGAAGUGGGCUUCAGGGAGGCAGAUGUUGCCCUGCUGCUCGACACGCUGCCAGCGCGGGACUGGGUGCAGCGGGCCGAUCUUCUGAAGGCCAACGCACUGAGGUCCAGAGCUCGUGGUCGCGCCUUGGACGCGUACGCCAAGAAGACGGUCAAGGUCCUGGUGGUGGGAGACUUCGCCAACACCAACUGCCUGCUCUCCAUGAUCUCCGCGCCUUCCAUCCCUCCGGAAAACUUCACCUGCCUGGCGAGGCUGGGUCGGCAGCAGGGUGUCCAACAGCGGGAAGCGGCCGUGGUCCGGGCACACAAACCCCCCAGUGCUGCAUCCGUUGCCAAAGCCAUCUGUGACCACCUGAGGGUCUGGUGGUCUGGGACGAAGCAGGGAGAGUGGGUGCCCAUGGGGGUCGUCUCCAGUCGGAAUGGCUACGGAGUUCCCGACGGGCUGGUCUACUCCUUCCCCGUCACCGUGCAGGACGGACGCUGGCAGAUAAUUCGAGGACUCCCCCUCUCCCAGCUCCUCUGGCAGCGGAUGGCACUGUCUGCUCAGGAGCUGCUCACUGAGCGGGAUAUGGCCCUGGCGUUUCUGGCAAGGAGCAGACUGUGAGGACGCGCCGGCCGGGGCGGGUUCGUGAGGAGCAGGAGAUGGAAGCCGGGGGAACCUGUGCCCGAGGGACCGCCCAGUGCCGAGAUGCCCACGCCCGGUAACCCUCCGGCCCAUGCCCACCAGCGACACAUGGUGAUUGAGGUGGGCGGCCAGAGGAUCUCGCUCGCUCGGCAGGAGCAGUGGCUGGUCAGUCUCCUGGAAUGAGACUCAUCAUCUCCAUCGCAAUGAGGGGAGGGUGGGGAGAGCGAGAGCGAGACACGGACGGCCUGUUGGUGUAGCCCGGGGCGCGUUUUGUCGACGGUGCAAACUGCAGCCACUGUGGUGGUGGGGGCGGGCGGUGUUUCGGAGGGUGGAUGGGGUGCCGAUCGGGCGGGCUGCUUUCUCCUGCACGGCGUCGAGCUCCUCGAGGGUUGUUGGAGCUGCGGCUUUUGUGAUGCAGGUUUAAUUUUGGCCGGACAGUAUUAAACACCAGAGACUCUGCGGAUGCUGGAAACCCAGAGCGACACACGCGAGAUGCUGGAGGAACUCAGCAGGCCUGGCAGCGUCUCCCCGAGGCCCCCUGUUGGCCACGGUUAAUCAUGGACGUUGUGUCCCGACUGUCUAGAUACACAGGCCAGGGCAGUACGACAUGGAGAGCAAGCUGUUGCCCAUGUAGCAAGCUCCCCCCUCUCCACCGAUACAGUUUGGCACCAGUCAGUGUUGAACUCGACAUGGGGCUGCCUCAGGGACUCCAGCUCCGGAUUUUUCCCUCAGAGUUCACUCCCAGAGUCGUCCUCGUGAGUGUGUACAGCCGCAAGGCAGCGGAGGUUUGAGAUCGGAGGUGUCCUUCUCCCAGACGAGCUGCCGACCAUGGGCUGACGAGCCCCUUCUGCCCGAAGUGACCGGUUUUAAGGUGCCGGUAACUCACCUUCGCCCCUUCUCCUGUCAGUGGAAAUGGUUCCACCGGGCCGCAUGAGAAGGCCGGGAGCUGGGCUUGGUUGUCAGGGGUUGUGCUGCACACCAUCAGGAGCAUUUAAUAGGUUGUGGGAGCUGGUCCCCAUUACCAGCCCAGCUCUAACACCUUUAAGGAACCAGGCAGCAUCUGUGGAGGGGAAUAAGCAGUUGACGUCUCAGGCCGAGACUAAAACUGGCCCCGGAUGCAGGAGAGAUCUGUUCUGACUGACUAGUGGGCUGGAUUAGGGUCCAAAUUGUCAUUCUUACAGAGAUUUCCUGUGUCGUUUUACCUUUCUGCAUGCUUAUUUUUGAUCUUUGUAUAGUUGUCUGUAAACUCUUAGUAAGUUCUGUUUUUGCUUCGAGUCUGCUGUGGUUUCUUUGCCCCAGAGCCGAGAUAAUUUAGUGCCUGCUAAACUGGUUUCUCAUCUAAACUGGGCCAGAGGUGUUUACAGAGUAAAAUCAAACCGUGUGUUCGCGUUCCUUGUUUGUAGCCGCGAACACCUUGUUACAGAGUUAAUUCCAGUUUUCAUUCCCAUGUCGGUCCACGGCCUCUGCUGCAGCAGUGAGGCCUCUCAGGCUGGAGGGGGGUAACGCCUCAUACUCCGUCUGGGUAGCCUCCAACACGGUGGCACGAACGUCAAUUUUUCCCCAAUUUCUGGUAAUCUCUCCCCCCCCCCCCCCACCUGCCUAUCACCUCCUGUCAGGUCGCUGGAGCAGGGAUCCAACCGCAGACCCAGUACUGUGCACACAGCGAUAUUGAUGGAGUAGCAAAUCUCAAGGUGCUAACAAAGUCGGCGUCAGAGUUCAGGCAGAAAUCAAAACGUCCAGAGAAAUCCAAAAACCAGAAUCGGGAAACAGGCAGAGUCGAUAUUCAGGCAGACAGAGUACAGAUACGAAUGCUGGAAAGGCUCGGGAAAACUCACGGGCACAAUCUGGCAACAAUCAGGUGAAAACACAGGA